AUGGAGGCAAAUGGGAGCCAAGGCACCUCGGGCAGCGCCAACGACUCCCAGCACGACCCCGGUAAAAUGUUUAUCGGUGGACUGAGCUGGCAGACCUCACCAGAUAGCCUUAGAGACUAUUUUAGCAAAUUUGGAGAAAUUAGAGAAUGUAUGGUCAUGAGAGAUCCCACUACGAAACGCUCCAGAGGCUUCGGUUUCGUCACGUUCGCAGACCCAGCAAGUGUAGAUAAAGUAUUAGGUCAGCCCCACCAUGAGUUAGAUUCCAAGACGAUCGACCCCAAGGUUGCAUUUCCUCGUCGAGCGCAACCCAAGAUGGUCACAAGAACGAAGAAAAUAUUUGUAGGCGGGUUAUCUGCGAACACGGUGGUGGAAGAUGUAAAGCAAUAUUUCGAGCAGUUUGGCAAGGUGGAGGAUGCAAUGCUGAUGUUCGAUAAGACCACCAACAGGCACAGAGGGUUUGGCUUUGUCACUUUUGAGAAUGAAGACGUUGUGGAGAAGGUCUGUGAGAUUCACUUCCAUGAAAUCAAUAAUAAAAUGGUAGAAUGUAAGAAAGCUCAGCCGAAGGAAGUCAUGUUCCCACCUGGGACAAGAGGCCGGGCCCGGGGGCUGCCUUACACCAUGGACGCGUUCAUGCUUGGCAUGGGGAUGCUGGGCUACCCCAACUUCGUGGCGACCUACGGCCGCGGCUACCCCGGAUUCGCUCCCAGCUACGGCUACCAGUUCCCAGGCUUCCCAGCAGCGGCUUACGGACCAGUGGCGGCGGCGGCGGUGGCGGCGGCCAGAGGAUCAGGCUCCAACCCGGCGCGGCCCGGAGGCUUCCCGGGGGCCAACAGCCCAGGACCCGUCGCCGAUCUCUACGGCCCUGCCAGCCAGGACUCCGGAGUGGGGAAUUACAUAAGCGCGGCCAGCCCACAGCCGGGCUCCGGCUUCGGCCACGGCAUCGCUAGCAUACCUGGAUGUCCAGGCAAGACUGGGCGAAGUUUCUGA